AUGUUCCAAAACGGAUUGGCCGCUCCCCUUUGCAAACGACCACGCGAUCCAGGGUCCCCGGACUGGACACGGAUGUCAAUUUCGAGGCUCGUCGGAAGAGCUGCCGAACAACAGGCAAGUGCUGGUGGUCUGCUCAACGGGAGCGAUCCUACCGAGUACAACACUCAUGACCCGAUACGGCUGUUCAUUAUCCAGCUCGGGGUCAUUAUGCUCAUGACCCAGGGGAAUCAUACUGGGUCCGACGGCUAUGGGCCGUAUUCCUGGGUUUACGGAACACAUUUUCCCGAGCCAUCCAGGCCAUUCCUUGCGCUGGUGGCCAAUAUUGGAUUGGUUCUCUUCUUGUUCUUGGUCGGCCUCGAGAUUGAUGUUGCCGUCAUCAAGCGCAACGCCAAGACUUCGCUCACAAUUUCAACCGGCGGCAUGAUUCUGCCGUUCGGCCUUGGGGCCGCAGUCGCUAUUCCUGUUUACAACAAUUUCAUUGACCCCGAGGCUGCCUCUUUUGGCCACUUCUUGCUCUUUGUUGGAGUCGCCUUCUCCAUCACGGCAUUCCCUGUCCUCUGCCGAAUCCUUGUGGCGCUCGAGCUACUCGACACCACAGUCGGCAUUGUAGUUCUUAGCGCGGGAGUCGGAAAUGAUGUGGUUGGCUGGACAUUGCUCGCUCUCACGGUCGCCCUAGUCAAUGCAUCGACAGGUCUCACGGCACUCUAUGUCCUCCUCGUGGAGUCCGGUCCAUCUCCACUGUUCAUGACUGUAACCAUACUGCUCGUCUUUGGGAGCGCGUUCUUUACCGAUAUCAUUGGUGUUCAUGCCAUCUUUGGUGGUUUCCUGCGGGUCUGGCGAUUCCCCACGAGGGAGGACAUGGUCUCAAUUAUAUUCCUGCCGCUCUACUUUACCCUUUCUGGACUUUCCACUAAUCUUGGCCUACUGGACAAUGGCGCGCUAGCUGCAAGAUUUGCUGGAUUUACGACUCGAGAGGCGGCUACAAUUGGAACGUUGAUGAGUUGCAAAGGGCUUGUCGAACUCAUCGUUCUGAACGUUGGCCUCUCGGCGGGGAUUCUUUCCACGCGGGUUUUCUCGAUGUUUGUCCUCGAAGCAUUGGUACUCACCUUUGCCACCACCCCCGUAACCCUCUGGCUUUACCCUCUCAAAUACCGUGUCCGAGCCACCGCAAUCGGAGGAAACUUUGGCCAUGCUAGAAAGAAGAAGUUCUUGUUCGUAUUUGAUCGUUUCGAGAGUCUCCCGGGUGCAAUGAUGCUCUCCCGGUUACUUCAAGUUCAAAGUGCCGCACCCGUGGCCGAAGUCCAGGACACAAAAGUAGAAAUCCCUGGAUCCCCAGGAUCGAGUAACAUCCCCGAACUUCCCGCCGAAGAGCCACUGUCCCCUCGAGGUGUAACUAUAGAUGCACUGCGGCUCCUCGAACUUACAGAACGUACCUCGGCUAUCAUGCGUAGCUCCGAAAUUGACCAGCUCCUCACACGCGACCCCUUGUUGACAGUGUUCCGGACGUUUGCUGAAUUGGAAGAUAUUCCGGUCGCAAGCUCCUUGAGCGUUGUAUCGCAUGAAGGUUUCGCGACAAGCGUAACGGAGCAUUCCGUCAAGAAUGGGGAUGAGAUGGUGGUUGUAUCCUGGACGCCUGGAACCUCGCAAACGACGGCACACGGCCAAUCUACGACUGGCGUGAAUGAGACCGCUGCUUCCUCUGGGAUCCAUUCUCAUUUCCUUCGAGGGCUGUUUGUUAAAUCGUCCGUUGACGUUGCACUGUUUAUCGACCGAGGACCGGGCGGGCAAAGUUUGGGCGGAACCGGAGGAGUUCAGCAUUUAUUCCUUCCCUUUUUCGGUGGACCGGACGAUCGACUCGCUCUCUCGUUUGUGGCCCAACUGUGCAAGCACCCGUUGGUUAGCGCUACAGUCGUCCGGGUGCGCAAGACGGAGCCUGAGGACGCAGACAUUGCGAUUCCUGAAGCGGCGCAUGUCGCGAAUGCCGGACAGGCCGAGGCCGUGGCGGCUGCUAUGAAAGCCAACAACAUGACCAUUCAUUCGACGGCUGGCGGAUUCCCUGACACCGUGUAUGCCGCGGCGGAUACCCAAACACGACUCGCUUCUGAUACCCUUGACGAUAUAAUCUGGACCCGGUGCAACAAUGAACUCGGUUCAAGCAACGUAGCGUUCAAAACGAUUUCCACGCCUACCCCUCUACGAUCGAUCGUCUCUCUCGUUCACACGCUAGGUUCCAAACGACGAUUAAUCUCGAUCGUGGGCCGAGGCAAACGAUUGGCUGUCGAGUCCCACAAGGACGAGAUGAAGGAGUUUGGCGCUAGCGGAGAGAUGGGCAAGACUGCGGGGGAUGUUGCUGCGGCGUUGUUUGUGAGCGAUAUCAAGGGUCCGAUUGUUGUUCUCCAAGCUGCAUAUGCGUCGAGACGAGAUGAGCACGAGUAG